AAAAAAACAUGGAAGGAAAAUCAUUCACAAAUUUUACUGAAUUCAAGGAAUUUAUCAAGAAGCAUGAAGAGGAACAGCAUGUUUUGUUUGUUACUAGUGGUUCUAAAAAGCUUAUCAAUGGACAUCCAGCAAAAGAAUCCAUACAGUAUGAGUGGCUAAAAUUAGUAUGCAAACAAGGCAGAGCCACAAAACCAACAUCGAGUAAAGGCAUCCGGCCGAAUCAAAGGUCAUGGAAACAUGAUUGUGGUGCAGUGAUACGUGCUGUGAUAAGGCAUUCAGAUGUUACUGGCUACCAGUUUGUCAUCACAAAGGCAAUAUUGUCACAUGAGAAUCACCCCACAGAUCAUUUGACUGCACUUGUGUAUCCUGAAAAUAGAAGAAUAAAGCCAGAUGAAACCGUGGAUCUGAUGGUUGGCACCAAAAUACCGCAGUCAGAAUUGCGACAAAUCACUCGCAGAAACAGAACAAAUGUGUUCUUGGAAAGGAUGUGGAAAACUACAGGAGAAAACUGA